GAUCACAAAGGGAGGAGGCGUGGCAGCCAAUGGACGCAUGAAUUAGCUGGAUGAUGCCAAUGGGAGCGAGCAAAGCUCUCACAUAAAGGGCGGGGCUAGAGUGCAGACCAAUGACGGGGCGCGGUGGCGCCAUCAGUGUGGGCUGUGCCGAGGCUGGAAGUUACUGUGAGGCGGCGGCUAAGAAGGCGGCUGUGGUGGCGGCGGUGGAGGCUGAGGCGGCGGCCGAGGCGGCUACGGAAGAAACAGAAGAUGGCAGAUUUUUUGAAAGGACUGCCUGUCUACAACAAAAGCAAUUUUAGUCGAUUUCAUGCGGACUCCGUGUGCAAAGCCUCGAACCGACGGCCCUCAGUCUACCUGCCCACCCGAGAGUACCCGUCUGAACAGAUCAUCGUGACAGAAAAGACAAACAUCCUUCUGCGCUACCUGCAUCAGCAAUGGGACAAAAAGAACGCUGCCAAGAAGAGAGACCAGGAGCAAGUGGAGCUGGAAGGCGAGAGCUCGGCGCCCCCCCGCAAGGUGGCGCGGACCGACAGCCCAGACAUGCAUGAGGACACUUAAGACUCUCGCUCCCGACAGGCGCCUCCUGCCGUGUCUGCUCCUCGGUCACCCACCCGCCCGCCCACCAUGUGUAAGCACCCUGCCCGCCCGCCUGCCCAUCCACACCCUGCGUCACACCUCCAACCUCAUAGGAGCCGAUGUAUUUAUUUUCCUUGAGUUUUUAUUUAUGCUGUAACCUGUAUCAAGCGUUGGUUAAAGGGGACAUCAGACCCAGUAGUGUGAUGUUGGUAGAUGCUUUUUAAAAAAAAAAAAACAACAUUGUCCCCCUGACCCCCGCCUUCCACCUGGCCAGUUCCCCGACUCCCACCCCCAGUUCUCCUCCAGAGAACCAGAGCGUGUUUGUGAGGGUCUCUAGCGGGGGCUUCACUGUGGCUGGGCAGCAGGGACGGGCCCGGGGUGGCCGGACCCAUCAGGACAGCUGAGCAGCCUUCUCUCCCCCAACACCGGUCCAGGCCCUUGAGCCUCGGUCUUGUCCCGCGUUCCGCCCAGAACUCUCCCAUGCCCAGACCUCACUCUGAGCGUGUGCGCAUAUCGGGGAGAAGUUGGCCCUGGGGAUCUUUCUCUUGAGUCAUUUUAUCAUGGACUAGUGAGUGCUCCGUGUCCACCCCAAUAAAAGGGUCUUUCCUACUUGACCUCGCGUCUUUGCUCCACACACCUUGACCGCAGAGGAUGGAGCCUCUGGGAGUCAUCUCUGUUGUCACCAAGAGGAAUGAGAAGGGCCUCCCACGCCAGGGGCCCCAGCACCAGCUGGAUUCUCUCAUGGGCUUGCUGAGGCCAUCAUGCUCAAGGCCAAGACCUGCCUGGACCAUCCCCUCUGCCUCUCCUGCCAAGGUGACCCUGAGGACAGGUCAUUCCUGAGACGGUCCGUAGUGCUGAGGAUGGAGCAGGGUCGGCCUUCUGCCUGGGAUACCGCCGAGCAGGGCAGCAUGCCUGUCAGCUACCGCAGAGACGGCCAGCCUCACCUGGGGGCCUGGGGUCUAGGGCCUCUGCCACUCCUCUGAGGCACAGUGACAGCGCAGAUGGCAUCUGGCCGGUGUUGCUGGCCUGGGCGGUGGCCUCACCCUACUGGGUCAUAGAGGAGCUGCACGGAACCUUGGGCGGUUGGCAUGUGCCAUGGCUGCUCAUGGGCCCUCCUCCGCCAGCAGGGCUGGCUUUUGGGCUGAGCUUGGGUAUGUAAGGGGUGUUCAGGCUCUGGGCAGAAGGUUUGUGGCCCUGACCUCUAAGCCUAGGGCUGGGGGAACACCACUUCUCCCCUAAUUGCCCCCACUUGGGUGGGGUCUCAGUUUUCCUUUGUUUGUUUUUUGUUUCUUUCAAGAUAGGGUCUCACCCUGUUGCCCAGGCUGGAGCGCAGUGGUGCGAUCACAGCUCACUGCAGCCUGCACCUCGAACAUUCCUCCCACCUCGGCCUCCCAAGUAGCUGGGACCACAGGCGCAUGCCACCAUGAGUGGCUGUUGUUUUUUUUUUUGAGAUGGAGUCUUGCUCUGUCGCCUAGGUUAGAGUGCAGUGGCAAGAUCUGGGCUCACUGCAACCUCCACCUCUCACGUUCAAGUGAUUCUCCUACCUCAGCCUCCCAAGUAGCUGGGAUUACAGGUGCCCACCACCACACCCAGCUAAUUUUGCUAUUUUUAGUAGAGACAGGGUUUUGCCAUGUGAGCCAGGCUGGUCUCAAACUCCUGACCUCAGGUGAUCUGCCCACCUCGGCCUCCCAAAGUGCUGGGACCGAGCGCUGCCUGGCUAGUUUUUAAAAAGUGUUUUUGUAGAGGUGGGGUUUUGCCAUGUUGCCCAGGCUGGUCUCAAACUCCUGGGCUCAAGCCAUCUGCCUUCCUUAGCCUCCCAAAGUACUGGGGUUACAGGCGUGAGCCACUGUGCCUAGCAGAGAUCUUGGUUUUGAGAGCUGAGUCUGAGGGCAUUGGGAUAGUGUGUGGGGUCGGGCCGUGGAGCUAGCAGAGACCCCGGGCUAUGGAGGGUCUGCCUGCCCCAGAUUCCACGGGAGGGCCCUGCCUGAGUCAGACCCUCUGGCCUGUGUGGCCCAUCUCUCCCAAGGACAGAUGGUGCCAGGAAGGGCUCUCGUCCUACACAAGGAGUGGCUGAGCCAGCCCCAGCCCAGCACGGCCUCCCACCUGUGCCUCUCAGCUCUCAGCAGUGUCUACACCACAGGGGUAGGGUACGUUCUCCUAGGGUCUGUGUGGUCACAGGGCAAGUGGUCAGGAAAUGCACACUUGACUGUGGUCAGUGGUGCGGGUUGGGCUGAGCGCCCUGGAGGCUCUAGGCCAGGUGGGGAGUCCCAGUCCCCAGGGUUGGUGUGACCUGGGCAGGCCUGUAGUGUCCAUCUGUGAGUGACUGAGAUGGUGGGACUUCAGCUUCCAAGGCCAGGGGCCAGAGUGGGAGCAGGGGUUACCCCCGCCCUUCCCCUCAGCCUGUCUAUACCUCUCCAGCCCCUGGUUUCCACUUUAAGUGGCUGGGGCCAAUCUCCUGCCUGUGCUGUCUGCCCAUGGCUCUGCAGGGCUCCCAUGCGGGCACCUCCUUCCCUUCCCCUGCCUGUGCUCACUCAGAUGGGGUCUCACAGCUGUACCCCAGCUCUGCCUCCCUGUGGCCUCCCACUAGAAUCCCUGGGUCUGUCGGGACAUGCCUUGUCUGGCACACACCCUCCGUGGCUCCCACUGCCUGUGGGAGGACACCGGGCCCCCGAGCCAGCCUCUGCCUACCCUUCCUUGUCUUUGGGGUCUCCCUCACCCCACUGUUCCCCCAAACUCUGUCUUCCACCUUCUCCGCCUUUGCACAGACUGUUCUGCCUCCAGUGAACUCUGACUUCCCCACAGACUCCUGGAGGGCCCCCUGCUCACACUGGCCCAGCCAGGCCCCUGGUCCAGCCCUGCAGUGCGGCCACGCGGGCCUGAGCCUUAAAUUUUUGCAUGUGGACACAUUUGUCCUCUUCUUCCUGACAAACGGGAGGGUCUGAGAGGCCAUGUGCCUGUUCCUGAGUCGUAAGACAGAGUCCCAGUGACUUGAGUCUGACAUCCAUCGUACAGUGGGACAUUCCCACUUCGUCCCAAUACCACCCUGUGUCUGUUCCGGGGACACCCAAGUGUGCCAUUCCCUCAGUAUCACAACGGGGACCGCAGGGGGCUCAGGUGCCAGGUGCCUUCCGAUGUUCUGCCAUAAGCUCUUCUCGCCAGCCCUUGGCUCCCCCCAGAUGACGUUCUGGGAGGUGGGCGUGCCAGAAAAGGCGAGUCUUGCAAACGGCUGCCCUGUCCCUCUUUGAGAAGGAGGCUUAUUCAGGACCUGGCCCGUGCACAUAUUACCGCCUCUUUUCAGCACUUUGAGAUUUCUUCCUUUGUCUAGUGGCUGAAGCCAGAGCUGAAGUUGGCCUCCAAAUCUGGGCCGUCUCAGAGGCGGCACAGCCUGGAGUUUUCCAUCUGUGGCCGAGACCCAGUUUUUGGGAGGAGGCCCCCACGGGUCAAGCCAGCCUGUACCAGGAUAGGGGGAGGGUGACGCCCAAUCCAGGCCCCAGCCACUCAGACUCCCCCCACCCCCACUCCCUUUUCCACCGCUCUGACCUCGGGCACUGUUGAAAUAUACUUUUUAUUGCAUUUCUGCCGUUUUACAAAAAUAUGACAAAAUAAAUUAAAAACAAAUAAA